UUCCGUGCUGUUGGAUAUCCUGUUUUUACUAGUUCGACAUAGACGGAAGAUAAAGGGAUUUGACUCAAAACAAGGGGAUUGGAUUCACGUAUAAGCUGUGAUAAUUUAUUUGUGUAAGUGGCGAAACUUUAAGAUCUGAAUUAAUGUAAAGGAAACGCUACAAUGUGUUAUUUUUACUGCAAGCUGUAUUUAUUUCUGGCUCCUCCAAACGUCGCAGCUUUGUAAGAGCACCUGAAUGCACCGUGAGCUCCCUACUGGUCAGUCAGCUCCUGUAUUGUAAACAGACGGUGUCCGGAGACUGAGCUCAACUCCGGGUGGAUCCGACCAGAACCUGGACUGACUCAACAAGGCACGAUGCACUAAGUGAGCAACAUCAGACUUUGGGUUCAAAAAGGAGGGCCCACAACCACUGUAUUUUCUCCAAAGGCAGACAACAAGAUUUCGUCAGGUAGAAAUCUACAAGAUAUCAACAGAAGGUCCUCUCCUGUCUCCACAAUGGCCGCCCUUGAGGAUGGUGACAUGAACACCUUCGGCCCGGAGCUGCCUGCCAUGUUUGAUGGCAUGAAGUUGGCAGCGGUGGCAACUGUCCUCUACGUCAUUGUACGCUGUCUGAACCUGAAGAGUACCACAGCACCACCAGGGAUCAUCUACCAGGAUACACCGCUCAGCCGGUACCUGUUCAAAACUUGCCCGAUGCUGACCAAAGAAUACAUUCCUCCCUUGCUGUGGGGUAAGAGCGGUCAUCUUCAGACAGCCCUGUAUGGCAAGAUGGGCCGUGUCAACACCCCAACGCCCUUCGGGGUCCGCAAAUUCCUCCCAAUGCAGGACGGGGCCACAGCAACGUUUGACCUCUUCGAACCAAUUGGAGAGCACAGCACAGGAGAUGACAUUACCAUGGUAAUCUGUCCUGGGAUCGGUAACCAUAGUGAACAGAACUACAUUCGGACCUUUGUGGAUCACUCCCAGCGGCAGGGUUACCGCUGUGCCGUCCUCAACCACCUGGGAGCCCUGCCCAACAUGGAGCUCACCUCUCCACGCAUGUUCACCUACGGUUGUACCUGGGAGUAUGCAGCCAUGGUAGCCUACAUCAAACAAGCUUUCCCCCAGACGCUGCUGGUGGUUGUGGGAUUCAGUCUUGGGGGAAACAUUGUCUGUAAGUUCCUGGGUGAGCACACAUCGAACCAGGACCGAGUGCUCUGCUGUGUCAGCGUCUGUCAGGGUUACAGCGCCCUCAGGGCCCAGGAAACAUUCCUGCAGUGGGAUCAGUGCCGGAGGCUUUACAACUUUGUGUUGGCGGACAAAAUGAAGAAGCUCAUCCUGUCACACAGGAGCAGUUUGCUUAGCAUGAAAUCCAGUAACAUUGGGGAUGCAGACCUGAACAGACUGUACUCAGCCACAUCUCUGAUGCAGAUUGAUGACAGCAUCAUGAGGAAAUUUCACGACUACAGCUCCUUGAAAGAGUACUACGAGAAGGAGAGCUGUGUGCACUACAUCCACAACGUCACUGUGCCUCUGCUCCUGGUAAACUCCUCAGAUGAUCCCCUAAUUCAUCAGUCACUACUGGCUAUUCCACGCACACUCGCAGAAAAGAUGCCCAAUGUCAUAUUUGCCCUGACCCAACACGGAGGCCACCUGGGCUUCUUUGAGGGAGCCGUGCUGUUCCCUCAGCCCCUCACCUGGAUGGACAAGGUCAUAGUCGAGUACACGAACGCCAUCUGCCACUGGGAGAAGGACUGGCCGUCCUGCCAGAGGAGCAGCCAACAGCACAUGAACUCCUACCUGCAGAGCACAGGGGUAACACUUAAUGGGUAAUAGAGAGAGUUGUCUGGAGACAAAACAAUAGACCAAACAAAAAACGCACAUCCCUAGCCUUCUGUACUAAUGGCCCUACAGUUUAGUAAGUAAUUCUGGAAAAUAUAGGAAAUCAGUAAACGGAUCAGAAAAGUGAGGCUGAGUGGAAGUACACCAAGUUGUAAACUGAAACUCACAGAAGAUAAUUAUACUGGAAAAUGUAAUAUGACCCCAUGGUGAAUUUGUACUUCCUCUUGUUCUCAGUUAACCUCCAGUAUAACACGUGUUCACCCUCUGCUGGUUUUUGGCAGCUGCUGCUUCUUAAGUCUGGACUGAUACAGCAGGGUUACCUUUGACCUGCAUGUCGAAAGAAAGAAAAGUGUAUUUUUCUACAUGAAUUACUACCGAAAACCUUUCUAGAUACUCAAAUAUUCACAAUCCUGUUUACAUACAAAUUAGACUUCUAGUAUAAAUUAAAUAACUAUAAAAAAUGGAAAAUUAUCUUCAGUGAAGUGUGAAGGACACAUUGUCUAAAGCCUUAAAACCUUAACCAUAAUAAACUUUAAAAUGUACCUGGUGACCCACAUCAGUUAUAUUUUGAAGCACAUUAUUUUAAAUAUAGAUAUUUAAGAAUAGAAUUGAGUUCACAAGCAGAUUUAAGCACCUUAAUAUUAAUGUGAAUCUGCGAUAGAUUUGGUUUCUGGCAUCUCCAGAACCAUUAAGCUACCUCUGUAAGACUUAUGGUUUACAGUGAUGAUUUCCACCUGUUGUUAGGGCUCAACGUAACGUCUGUCCUGUUCAGUCAAACUGUGCGUCUAAUUUCUUUAAUAUGAUACAGUAGGAUCUUGUUUCUUGUUUUCUAUUAAGAGACUUUUGCUGUUUUAUUGCAAAAUAUGUUCAAUAACAGCAGUUUGGUUUAUAUAUGUAUUGAGGCAUCAUUUUGCUCAUUGUGACACCGAUCUCCAGUUUUACACUUUGCAUUUCCAUUGUGUGCGGUGGACCAUCAGCCUGCAUUGUUGCUGCUGACCUUUAAAAUAAAUAUCAGGGUGUUGGGUUUUUAAAAGGGUUUAAGAGUUCAAAAAAAACACAGACAAAUGGUUAUCUUUGAUUUAGUGAUUAUCUGCCAGUGCUUUAUGUGUUGUUGAAUGGAUAUAUGGACAGUUCAUACAAACUAGCCUUAACAUUGUACGCCACGCAUUGUCCUGUUCCAGGUCAGCUUGUCCUAUGCUAUUGUAUGAAUUGUACCUUUAAAACCAGCAUGGAACAGCUGUUAGAUGCAUCCUGCCAUAGCAUGAGGAUGGUCAGGCGGUUUCAUUUUUAUUACUGCUGCUCUGAUUAUUACCACAGAAAAGGUCCUUUUAGAAUUUUACAAUUCAGGACACGAGAUACAGAAAAACAAAUCUGACUGACGGGCUGUUCAGGACAGAGCUGGGUCAAACUGUGUUUACAAACACUUUCAGCAGAAAGGAGAGAGAAAAGUGCAAAUGGGACACAACAGCGUAUUAAAUAAGAAAUCCAAUUAUGCACUCUCAGUUUAUGCACUUACCAAACAAAUGGACCAAAUCUUUUCAAUAAAAAAAAAAAUAGCUCAACUUUGUAUUUUUUAAUGAUUCUGUCGCAUUCUCGCCAUGUGACCUAAAAAUGCACCUGGCUCAAAUACAGUGAACAUCUCAUAUUAGACAUUACUCUGGACUAAUUAAGUCACUAUCGUUUUUGGGGGUUUGCUUUAAGCUGCUUAUUGGUACAUACAGAACGGGUGGAGUUUUCCACAUGUGAGAAAUAAAUACAGUGAACAGAGGUGUAAAUGACAUUUUUUUUGUUACAUUAAAACACAGUAAACAUUAAAACUAUCACACAAACCUUGCCUCUGUUGUGUCUCAUCUCAUGAUACAGCAUAUUUCCAUGAGAAAUGUUCUGAUGAAGGUCUCAAACAUUGACUAAAUAAGAGGUGAAGUUUAUGUGAAGCAGUUGUUUUUGUUUUCUGUGGUUUAUUCUGGGCCUUUUUUCAUGACUAUUUUGAGAAGUGCCUAUGGUGUGAAUGUUUGAUAUUAAACACCGUUUCCUGACCGUGCUUGUUACAUUAACAUUUUAACCAUUAGAUUUAAUGCAACUUUAAUUCUAUACCUGCCCUUUGAAAGCCGAAUACAAUUUGCAACAGCGCCAUUGCUGUCUGUGCAAUAUGUCCUGAGUGUUUGAGGUAUGGACUGCUUUGCCUGCACUUUACUGUCUUUACAGUUCCUUUUGUUCUGUAUGGCACUGUGGUAUGUACUGUAUCAGCUUAUGGGUGUAACAUUUUAUAAUCUAAACAAAUGUGUUUUUUUCUGAUGUGGUGCAUAGCCAUGACUGAUUAGUCAUAUUUUAACUCACCGAUUAAUAAAUAUUUUUCACAUA